AUGGCCAGUUCCCUAGCCAGUCCUGUGACCUCAGAGUGCCAGAGCAACAGAAAAGAAAAUGUGGGUAGCAGAGACACCUGUGUUGAGACUGGAUGGAAUCUUGCUGAAAUCAUGAAUGCACAGGAUAUGAGGAUUGAUAGAAUGUUGGCAUUGCCAAAAAUGGAAGUUUGGGGUUUCCUUUGGAUUUCUUGCAUUUUCAUCUCUCUCCGGGCCCAGCCAGCAACUGAAGGCUUUCUGUGUAACAAUGGGGUCUCCUUGCCUCCUGACAAUGUAUGUGACUUCACAGAUCAAUGUGGGGACAGGAGUGAUGAGCGGCAAUGCUGGAAUAGAGAAAGAUGUGAUUUUGAAGAUGGACUCUGUAGUAUGACACAAGAUCAGAAUCUUCAACUUGGAUGGAAGAAGCAAAAUGGGAUGACUCGCCUCUUUGCUCCAUUUUAUGAUCACAAUGGUGAUAAGUCUGCCUACUUCCUGUCACUUGUUCCCCAAACCAAUUCUAUUUCAAGUUUAAAAAGCAGAAUUUUUCUUCCCACAAAUCAUCAACAUGCUUGUCAGGUCACAUUUUAUUACUUCUCCAGCCUAAUGAAUGGUCAGUUAUCAGCAGGUCUCCAAACUGCAUGUGGUGGACCCACACAGCUCGUGUGGCGGAGCCCAGCUGGGUCCCUGGCACAGUGGAAGAGGAAUGUCAUAACCAUCGAGAGCGCCCAGAAAUUUCAGGUGGUUUUUCAAGGUGAAAUGGCUUCAGUUCAUAAACAGGAUGAAGUCAUAGCUAUUGACGAUAUAUCUUUCAGUCCAGGCUGCUUGCCUGCAAAUGAUGAAAAUCUGCCCUGUCCAGAAGCACCCCAGACUGAGCAGGGGCGAUGCCUUCCAGACACAAGUCUCUGCAGGCUGGACUCAACAGACAAAGGACUGAGGGAGCAACAGACCUAUGGGUUUGAAGGGGGCAGGUGUGCCUGGGCCCCAGAGGCAUCUGCUGGGAACCUCGCCUGGAAGCUCAUGAAAGCCAAAGAAGUUUCUGCAUUAGAGUCCAUACCUCAGCAGGACCACUGUGGCACUGGAAAAGAUUUCUAUGUUUGGACUGGAGCUAAGCCUGAUUCUACCCUUAGCCUUGGAGACCACAGGACUUACCUAAAUAGCUCUGAGUGUCUCUGCCAGAGCGAGAGCUGCCAUCUUCAAUUCUACUACUCUAUGGCAAACAGUCUUCUGAGAGUAAGACUUUAUAAGGAGAAGGAAGAAGUAAUAUUUUGGACAUAUAAUACAUCAACUCACAGGAAAUGGAUAAAGGCAGAUGUCUUAAUACCAAAAGGACUGAAGACAUUUAAGAUUAUUUUGGAAGGAACUCCUCUGAAUCAGAAAGGUUUCAUUGGGCUGGAUCAGCUCUGGGUCUAUGCCUGUGCCCAGGGCCCUUUCAGAGAACAUUGCUCUACCAGUGAAUUCACUUGUGCUAGUGGUCAGUGCAUUGCCCAAGAAUUUGUGUGUGACUCUCAGCCGGACUGUUCUGAUGAGAGUGAUGAAGAUUCCACUGUUUGCUCACACAGUCUGAUGUGUGAUUUUGAGUCCAGUUUCUGUGGCUGGGAGCCACUUGGCCCAGAAGAAUCACACUGGAAACUCAUGAGAGGACAAGCCAGCGAACAGCACCUUCUUCCCGGCACAGGUCAUUCAUUGCAUGAGAAUACAGGAACGUUUCUUUAUUUUGGAUCACGUAAGUCUCCUGGAGUAGCCAGACUUGGAAGUCCUAUUCUUACAAAAUCAGCCACUGUCUCUAUCCCAUGCCAGGUGCAGUUCUGGUACCAUUUGUCUCUGCAGUCAUAUCUCUCAGUUUUUACGAGAACAUCCCUGGAUGAAAAUUGGCAAAAGCAAGGUGAUCUGGUUGGAGUCUCCCAAUCUCAGUGGAGAAGAGCAAAGAUUGAUCUCUUUGUGAAGACUGGAGAAUCUACUCUGCCUUUUCAGUUAAUUUUAGAAGCCACUCUUUUAUCAUCAAAUGCUACUGUUGCUCUUGAUAACAUCAGUGUGUCCCAGGAAUGUAAAAUUUCUUAUAAGUCACUUCCAAUUAACCGUGUACUAAACAAAGUUUCCAAAUGUGACUUUGAAGACAGUAGCUGUGGCUGGUUUGAAGCCGUUCAUGGGGAUGAUUUUGACUGGGUCUGGAGCUCAAGAAGCAACCUUUCUGCUGAUGUGGAACACCAGGCACCACCUCGGGAUCACACUAGCAAUACAUCUCAAGGAAAUUUUAUGUUCAUUCUGAAGAAAAGCAGCAGUUUGUCACAGGUUGCUAAACUCCAGAGCCCAACUUUCAACCAGGCAGGACCUGGGUGCACGCUUUCCUUCUGGUUUUAUAACCAUGGCCUGUCCGUGGGAGCCGCUGAGCUGCAGCUCCAUAUGGAAAAGUCCAGUGACUUCACGGUCCUCUGGAGAGUGUUAUAUAACCAGGGCGACAAGUGGUCCCAGGCCAUUGUUCAGCUUGGGCGGCUCACUCAGCCCUUCCAUUUGACACUAGAUAAAGUCAGCCUGGGCAUCUAUGAUGGGAUCUCCGCUAUUGAUGACAUCCGGUUCGAAAGCUGCUCUCUUCCCAUGCCCGCUGAGAGCUGUGAAGGGCCAGAUCUGUUCUGGUGCCGAGACACCAAGGCCUGCAUAGAAAAGUUCCGAUUCUGUGAUUUGGUGGAUGAUUGUGGAGAUCACAGUGAUGAGGAUGACUGCAUACCUGAAUUGCAAUGUAACUUUGAAAAUGGUAGUUGUAACUGGGAACAAGACACAGAAGACGACUUCAACUGGACCAGGAAACAGGGCCCCACUGCAACCCUGAAUACAGGGCCCAUGAAGGAUAAUACUUUGGGCACAGCUCAAGGACAUUAUCUCUACAUAGAAUCUUCGGAACCUCAGGUCUUCCAAGACAGAGCCGUUUUGCUCAGCCCGAUUCUUAACAGCACGGGUGCAGAAGGCUGCUCUUUCCGCUUCUAUUACCACAUGUUCGGGAAGCACAUUUAUAGGCUGGCCAUCUACCAGCGGAUCUGGAGUAACACAAAGGGCCAGCUGCUGUGGCAGAUAUUUGGGGAUCAGGGCAACAGAUGGCUGAGGAAACACCUUCCCAUCUCCAGCAGGCAGCCUUUCCAGAUUUUGGUGGAGGCUUCAGUGGGAGAUGGCUUCACUGGUGACAUUGCGAUUGAUGAUUUGUCAUUUCUGGACUGUACACUUUCCCCUGGUGAUUUACCAGUGGACCUUCCAGAUCCACCAGAAACUUCAGUUCCAGAAACAUUACCUCCAAACAACUGUACAGACAAUGAGUUUGCCUGCAGGUCCAGUGGUCACUGUGUUAAAAAAAUUCAGAUAUGUGAUUUUAGAUAUGACUGCCCUGACAAAUCAGAUGAAUUGUCCUGUGCUAUGGAAGUUUGCGACUUUGAAAAAGGAAAUUUAUGUAAAUGGUAUCAGUCCAUCCCAGAAAAUUUAAUUCAAUAUUCAAAUACAUUCAGAUGGGGACUUGGUAAAGGGACUGGUAUUCACCAUGGUGAAGAAAACCACAGGCCAGACACAGAUCAUACAAAAAAUACUACUGAUGGCUGGUACUUGUAUGCAGAUAGCUCAAAUGGAAAAUUUGGUGAUGUGGCUGACAUCCUCACCCCUGUUAUUUCAAGCACGGGGCCAGAAUGUACGUUGGUGUUCUGGACUCAUAUGAAUGGUGCCACAGUUGGCUCUCUCCAGGUACUCAGCAAGAAAAAUAACAUUACUUCUAAAUUGUGGGCUCAGAGUGGACAGCAAGGCACCCAGUGGAAAAAAGUAGAAGUAUUUUUAGGUUUUCAUUCAUAUGUGCAGAUUAUCCUCAGGGCUAAACGUGGAAUUAGUUACAUGGGAGAUGUGGCUGUGGAUGAUAUUUACUUUCAAGACUGCUCCCCACUUCUUAGCCCAGCUAGAAAGUGCACUGCUCAAGAAUUCACCUGUGCCAACAAACACUGCAUCUCGAAGGACAAGCUGUGCGAUUUUGUGAAUGACUGUGCUGAUAAUUCAGAUGAGACCACUUUUAUUUGCAGUACCACCAGUAAGCGCUGUGAUUUUGAAUUUGACCUUUGUUCCUGGGAGCAAGACCAGGAUGAUGACUUUGACUGGAAUCUGAAAGCUAGUAGCAACCCUGCUGUGGGCACCGAGCCUGCGGCUGAUCACACCUUGAGAAAUUCUUCUGGUCAUUACAUCUUUAUAAGGAGCCGGUUCCCUCAGCAGCCUAUGAGAGUAGCCAGAAUUUCAAGCCCUCUCAUAAGCAAAAGAAGCAAAAAUUGCAAGAUAAUUUUUCAUUAUCACAUGUAUGGAAAUAGCAUUGGGGCACUCACCUUGAUCCAGGCAUCGGUUUCAAACAAAACAAAGGUUCUGUUGAACCUCACUAUGGAACAAGGCAAUUUCUGGCAACGCAAAGAACUGCUUCUGUCUGGUGAUGAGGACUUCCAGCUCAAAUUCGAAGGCAGAAUUGGAAAAGGCCAUCGUGGUGACAUUGCACUUGAUGAUAUCAUACUGACGGAGAAUUGUCUCUGCGCCCAUUAUUCCUUGGAAGAAGAAUUCACAGUAUUUUUCCCAACAGGUCCCUGCCCUCACGGUUACCCGGAAUGUCUGAACAGCAAAUUCUAUAGAGCUGAGCAGAGCUGUAAUUUUGUAGAUGACCAUGAAGAGAAUGAAUGCAGUAGUUCCUGCACUUUUGAGAAUGGCUGGUGUGGCUGGCAGAACUCACGGGCUGAAAACUUUGAUUGGGUUUGGGGAGUUGGCUCUCAUCAAAGCCUAAGACCGCCCCGAGACCACACACGGGGAGAUGAAAAUGGACACUUCCUGUAUCUGGAGGCUACUCCAGUGGGCCUGCGUGGGGAGAAGGCACACCUCAAGAGUGUCAUGUGGCAGGAAUCCAGUGCUGCCUGCACCCUGAGCUUCUGGUAUUUCAUCUCUGCCAAGGCCACAGGCUCCAUUCAGAUCCUCGUGAAGACGAAGACAGGACUAUCUAAAGUAUGGCAAGAAAGUGAGCAAGAGUCUCACAAUCAUUGGCAAAAGGCAGUUGUGCUCCUGGGAAAGUUAAGGAAUUUUGAAGUCAUAAUUCAAGGGAUCAGAACUAGAGACCUUGGGGGAGGAGCUGCAAUUGAUGACAUUGAAUUCAAAGACUGCAUGACUGUGGGAGAGACUUCUGAGAUUUGCCCAGAAACCACAGAUUUCUUGUGCCGAGACAGGAAGUGCAUUGCAUCCCACCUGGUGUGUGACUUUAAGUCUGACUGCUCUGAUGGUUCUGAUGAAGCUCACUGUGGCCAAUAUACAAGCACAGCAGGGAGUUGCAGUUUUGAAACAACUUCUGCGAACUGGACCAUGGCCUGCCAUCUUAUUCAAGACACACAUGAUGAUUUGGACUGGAAUAUUGGCAACAGAAUUUCUACAGAAACGUUGACUCCAGUCUCUGAUCAUACCCCAGGUAGUGGCCAACAUUUCCUUUAUGUCAACUCAUCUGGCUCCAAAGAAGGAUAUACUGCAAGAAUCAUUACUUCCCAAUCCUUCCCAGCAAGUCUUGGAUUGUGCAUAGUUCGAUUCUGGUUCUACAUCGUCGAUCCCAGGAAUAUGGGAAUAUUAAAGGUGUAUACUAUUGAGGAAUCUGGACUCAAUUUCCUCGUUUGGUCAGUGAUUGGAAACGAAAGAAAUGGCUGGGUGUAUGGAUAUGUGCCUCUGUCCAGUAACAGUCCAUUUAAAGUGGCAUUUGAAGCAGAUUUGGCUGGAAAGGAGAACAUCUUUAUUGCCCUUGAUGACAUCUCCUUUACCCCAGAAUGUGCAAUUGGAGGUCCUGUUACAAUACAGCCAUCGCCCUGUGAAGAAAAUGAAUUUUCUUGUGUGUACAUCUCCCAGUGCAUCCCCCUCUUGAGGAAAUGUGAUGGACAGGAAGAUUGCAAAGAUGGAUCUGAUGAAGUGGAUUGCCCUUCCCUACCCACUCCUCGGGUCUGUGGUGAAAAGGAGUUCCAGUGCUCUCCCAGUCAGUGCAUUCCAUCCCUGCUGCUCUGCGAUGGAGUGCGUGAUUGUCCUUUGAAUGAAGAUGAAUCCAACUGCUACAACGAGAGCUGUUUUAAUGGAACACUAGUCUGUCCCUCCUCUAGCAGUUGCAUCCCAUUUCACCAACGUUGUGAUAGUGUUGUCGACUGCAAGGAUUUCCAACUUGAUGAAUCCAGCUGUUCAGAGUGCCCGAUAGACUACUGCAGAAAUGGUGGGACUUGUUUGGUGGAGAAAAACGGUCCUCUGUGCCGAUGUGGACACGGAUGGGGAGGAAAUCGAUGCCAUAUCCAGUCUGUCCCACCAAGUUCAGAUUUCUUGUCCCUGAAUAAUAAUCUGUGGACUGUCCUGGGUAUUGGAUUAGCUUUCCUGAUGACUCAUCUUAUUGUUGCAGUCUUGUGUUUUCUUGUAAAUAGAAAAGUGCUCAGAAGAAAAAAUAAAGAAAUGGUUAACUGUGCCUUCGAAAAUCCAGUUUAUGGGAAUUGGAACAACUCGGAGAAAACAGAGAGUUCUGUAUACUCCUUCUCAAAUCCACUAUAUGGCAGAUCAUCAGGAGGCCUGGAGACCAUAUCUAGUCAUCUCAAAUAG